AUGCGGAAAUUUAAGCAAUCAAUGAAACGUUUUAAUGGCCUCCACUUUGAACAGCUUGCCAAUGAUACGAAACCUCUGGAUUUAAUAUUGGGUAUGCAGGUCAAUGCUUUCUAUUAUAAUAUCGAUAAUGCCAUUUAUGUUACGGCUGGUAUUCUUCAUCCUCCCGCCUUCCACAAGGCCUGGCCAAAUGCCUUGAAAUAUGGCACCCUUGGUUAUCUGGUGGGUCAUGAAUUUACUCACGGUUUCGAUACAAUCGGCUCGAACUAUGAUGGGGCUGGUAACAAUAUAUAUUGGUGGUCGGAAAAAUCCGGUAAAGUCUUUGGACAACGUUCCGAAUGUUAUGUUAAACAUUAUCAAAAUUAUUCAAUACCGGAAAUUAAUCGCAACAUAAAUGGCAACUUGACGAAAGAUGAAAAUAUUGCCGAUGGUGGUGGUUUGAGAAUGGCUUUUAUGGCCUAUCGUCGUUACAUGAAGGAAUUGACGAAAAAUUCAGAUUUAACUAAUGAAAAUCUUCUGAAGGAGGAACAAAUGCCCGGUUUAGAUUUAUCACCGGAACAGUUAUUCUUUUUGGGUGCAGCACAACUAUGGUGUUCGUCCUACAAAGAGGCCCACUACUGGGAAGAGUUGUCCGAUGAACAUACCAUCGAUAAAUAUCGUGUCUUGGGUUUGGUAUCGAAUAAUGCAGAUUUUGCCAAGGCCUAUAAUUGUCCCAUAAGUAGUAAAAUGAAUCCUUCCGUAAAGAAAUGUGAAAUUUGGUAA